AUGGUGGCAGAGGAAGUGGGCGGGCGGCCGAAGGUGGCUCAGGGACAAGCGUGGACUUUGAGCAAGGGAACACGAGUUUCAGAAGUUCACCACCCGCAAGGACACUGGUCAUGUUCUAUAAUCUUAAUCGGCCCCGAGUCCUCGACUCUGCCAUGCCGGGCGAGCCUCAGACGCCGGGCUCGUGAGAAGGCCCCGGAUGGACGGACGCCGGGCCGGGGGCGUGACCCGAAUGCUGGAGGCGCCGCUGAUCAUGGAGUGGCAGUGGGGGGGGGGGAGGCAACCAGGGAAGACGAGGGCGUGGCAUUUCAUCCUGCAUGGAGCGAAGCCACGCCCCUUCCUCGCCGCCCGCGUUCAAAACGGGAUUCUCCAGCCCGCCCAGAAUCCCCGCUCAUAACUCGCCGCGACUUCGGAGUAACGCGAUCGAUACCUGGAGACGAGGAUCUACGCACGGCAGACGAGUGGCCAGGAAGGAAGGCGCGGCAGACGAGUGGCCAGGAAGGAAGGCGCGGCAGAGUGGCCCGGAAGGAAGGCGCGGGAGACGAGUGGCCGGGAAGGAAGGCGCGGCAGACGAGUGGCCAGGAAGGAAGGCGCGGCAGACGAGUGGCCAGGAAGGAAGGCGCGGCAGACGAGUGGCCAGGAAGGAAGGCGCGGCAGACGAGUGGCCAGGAAGGAAGGCGCGGCAGACGAGUGGCCAGGAAGGAAGGCGCGGCAGAGUGGCCAGGAAGGAAGGCGCGGCAGACGAGUGGCCAGGAAGGAAGGCACGGCAGACGAGUGGCCCGGAAGGAAGGCGCGGCAGACGAGUGGCCAGGAAGGAAGGCGCGGCAGACGAGUGGCCAGGAAGGAAGGCGCGGCAGAGUGGCCAGGAAGGAAGGCGCGGCAGACGAGUGGCCAGGAAGGAAGGCGCGGCAGAGUGGCCAGGAAGGAAGGCGCGGGAGACGAGUGGCCGGGAAGGAAGGCGCGGCAGACGAGUGGCCAGGAAGGAAGGCGCGGCAGACGAGUGGCCGGGAAGGAAGGCGCGGCAGACGAGUGGCCAGGAAGGAAGGCGCGGGAGACGAGUGGCCGGGAAGGAAGGCGCGGCAGACGAGUGGCCCGGAAGGAAGGCGCGGGAGACGAGUGGCCGGGAAGGAAGGCGCGGCAGACGAGUGGCCAGGAAGGAAGGCGCGACAGACGAGUGGCCCGGAAGGAAGGCGCGGCAGACGAGUGGCCGGGAAGGAAGGCGCGGCAGACGAGUGGCCAGGAAGGAAGGCGCGGGAGACGAGUGGCCAGGAAGGAAGGCGCGGCAGACGAGUGGCCGGGAAGGAAGGCGCGACAGACGAGUGGCCAGGAAGGAAGGCGCGGCAGACGAGUGGCCAGGAAGGAAGGCGCGGCAGACGAGUGGCCGGGAAGGAAGGCGCGGGAGACGAGUGGCCAGGAAGGAAGGCGCGGGAGACGAGUGGCCGGGAAGGAAGGCGCGACAGACGAGUGGCCAGGAAGGAAGGCGCGGCAGACGAGUCGUCUCACUCGUCGACGCUGAAGCGGGGCAGUCAUUGCGAGAGGACUGACACGAACGCAGACAGUUUGUCUUGCAGGCCUGUCAUGCACGGACUUGAGAUUGAAGUGAAGACCGACGCGCGCCAGGGAUGCUGUCAGAGUAGCGAGGGUCAGUGCAGGAAGGCACAGGUGAGGGCCACGCCUCCGCCGCGUCUGCUAAAGAUUCACCGUAUCCUGUCACGUCUCACGGUUUCGAUUACGAAGGCUGCUGCUACUGUCAUUUCUAGCCCUGCCAGCCACUGCUGA